AGAAUUUCAAUUAGUUUCAAUUGACAAUUCCUCAAGGCAAUCACCAAAGCCCAGCUAACGAAAAAUGCGAAAUCUGUUGCGAAUCGAUCAAGUGUUACGACAGCGGUUAAUUUUACUUUUGAUUGUCAUAUGCGCCAUUAUAGACUGGCUGGUCCCGCUUCGGUCAGCUGAAGCAGUCGCCGUAUCCGAUUCGCAUCUGGACUUGAAAGUGUUUUACUUUAUUUAUGGUCCAAAAUAUUAUGAUCCGCGCAGAGACUUUUCCAAAUAGUAAUUCAAUUCGAGUGUUGUUUUCAGAAGUACUUAUAAGUACUAAUUUAUAAGUGUAAACAUAAGUAUGACUCAAUAUAUGAAUAUUAUACUUUUACAUGAUAUAUGAAUUAAUGAUGAAGAUAAAAUAUGAAGAUAUCCAUGUAUGUGCAUUCUUAGUUCAAAUUAUAGUUAGUGUUAAUUAAUCGACAAACAAAAUGAAAUGAAGUUGACAAUCGAUAUACCGCAUUUACAAAUGUACAUCGUAAGUUUACUACAAGUCUCUUUUAGCUGCGUUCAUACUGAUUCUGAAACACAUUCCUAAAUUAUCUAAUAAGGAGGUGUGAGAGUAAAAAGUAAAAUGAAACAAACAAUUUCUUCUCGGGUCGUGAAAGAGGAUGCUUUAACUUUGAAAAAUUGCGGUUAUUCAAGAAAACAUAACAAAGAACAGUCAAAACAUUUCUAUGUCCACAUAUUUAAAUCGUAAUCCUGAGAACUUGUCAUCACAAUGUCUAAAAGAGACCAGGAUCUAUCAAUGCAAGACACUUUCAAAUAAGCCAAAACUAGUUAAGCCAUUUUUAACUUAGUUUGAAAAUCGAAGAGAUCAUAGCCGAAACCGAAACCGAAGAAAUCUCGUACAAAGAUGAGCGCAGUGAUAAGACUUCUGUGGUAAAAAAUCAAAUUAGAACAGGUGUCAUGUCUACUUGCUAUCAAUAUGCUGAAGAAAACCUGGUUGCAAUAGAUGAUACCUUCACUCUUCGGUGACCUAGAGCGUCGACCUUGAAAUAUAUUAUAAAAUCACAAUAAAAUUUAUAUUUUGUCCUACUCUAAAGAUGACUGCUUUUGAUUAUUUUACGGCUUUUAUAACGGGUGAUUUUUUUGAGGUUAGGAUUUUCAUGUAUUAGUAUUUGACAGAUCACGUGGGAUUUCAGACAUGGUGUCAAAGAGAAAGAUGCUCAGUAUGCUUUGACAUUUCAUCAUGAAUAGACUUACUAACGAGCAACGCUUGCAAAUCAUUGAAUUUUAUUACCAAAAUCAGUGUUCGGUUCGAAAUGUGUUUCGCGCUUUACGUCCGAUUUAUGGUCUACAUAAUCGACCAAGUGAGCAAACAAUUAAUGCGAUUGUGACCAAGUUUCGCACUCAGUUUACUUUAUUGGACAUUAAACCAACCACACGAAUGCGUACAGUGCGUACAGAAGAGAAUAUUGCGUCUGUUUCUGAGAGUGUGGCUGAAGACCGUGAAAUGUCGAUUCGUCGCCGUUCGCAGCAAUUGGGUUUGUGUUAUUCGACCACAUGGAAGAUUUUACGCAAAGAUCUUGGUGUAAAACCGUAUAAAAUACAGCUCGUGCAAGAACUGAAGCCGAACGAUCUGCCACAACGUCGAAUUUUCAGUGAAUGGGCCCUAGAAAAGUUGGCAGAAAAUCCGCUUUUUUAUCGACAAAUUUUGUUCAGCGAUGAGGCUCAUUUCUGGUUGAAUGGCUACGUAAAUAAGCAAAAUUGCCGCAUUUGGGGUGAAGAGCAACCAGAAGCCGUUCAAGAACUGCCCAUGCAUCCCGAAAAAUGCACUGUUUGGUGUGGUUUGUACGCUGGUGGAAUCAUUGGACCGUAUUUUUUCAAAGAUGCUGUUGGACGCAACGUUACGGUGAAUGGCGAUCGCUAUCGUUCGAUGCUAACAAACUUUUUGUUGCCAAAAAUGGAAGAACUGAACUUGGUUGACAUGUGGUUUCAACAAGAUGGCGCUACAUGCCACACAGCUCGCGAUUCUAUGGCCAUUUUGAGGGAAAACUUCGGAGAACAAUUCAUCUCAAGAAAUGGACCCGUAAGUUGGCCACCAAGAUCAUGCGAUUUAACGCCUUUAGACUAUUUUUUGUGGGGCUACGUCAAGUCUAAAGUCUACAGAAAUAAGCCAGCAACUAUUCCAGCUUUGGAAGACAACAUUUCCGAAGAAAUUCGGGCUAUUCCGGCCGAAAUGCUCGAAAAAGUUGCCCAAAAUUGGACUUUCCGAAUGGACCACCUAAGACGCAGCCGCGGUCAACAUUUAAAUGAAAUUAUCUUCAAAAAGUAAAUGUCAUGAACCAAUCUAACGUUUCAAAUAAAGAUAAUAAAUUUUAUGCGUUUUUUUUUUAAAAAAAGUUAUCAAGCUC